AGAGGCGGCAGGUUUGCGGCCGCUCCUCGUCCCUCAUGGGAGAGUUCGCCUCAAUAAGUCCCGUCCGGAGAGAUGCAGCUGCCAAAAAACCCAAACACUGGAGCCAAUAGAGCAAAGUGAAGGAGGGACGGCUCUAACCUGACAUUUCCACUCCUAAACUUGGUGAAGGCAGACACAUCAGAAGAGCAGCGGCGUCAUGGAUAUGUCCAACCUGUGGAACGAUGAUCCCGAGGAGCUUCUGCUGGACCUGGGCUUCGGCUGCGACGAACCCGACCUCUCUGGUCGCAUCCCGGCCCGAUUCAUCAACUAUCAGUCUCAAGCUAAAGGCAUCAACCUGCAGGUCUUCCUGGACGCGCAGAAGACUCGCGUGGACUUGGAGAACCCGGACGUCAGCAAUCGCUUCAGACAGGUGGAGGUGCUCCAGCAGGUGUCGACGGCCUUCUCCUCGCUGAGGGGCUCCUCCUGUCCCGCUGAUAACGUUCCUCCGGAGGCCCGCGAGAGGAAGCGCAGGAUCGUAGCGCUCUUCAGACAGGCGUCCAAGAGAGCCAAGAGCCAAAUCCGUGACAAAGAGUCCGACCCACUGACCGUCGAGAGCAAGGCCAGACCUGGAGUGCAGUUACCAAACACUCAGAAGACCAUGGACCAGUCCGCGCUCCUCAUGAAUCCUGCUGAUAAAAAUCAGGGUCUGACUCCUCUGGUGGAAGAGGAUGAGCUGGAUCCACAGCCUGAUGAUAUUCAGGGGAGGAAACCCCAAUCUGAGUCUCUCUGGGACGGUCAGCAAAAGACAGGGGGCGCUUCACUGAAGAGAGGCCGGAGACUGGCCCAGGAGUCCUUUGAAAUAGAAGAGAUUCAGAGUUUUGAUGAAGGUGGGAUCUCGUGGGUCAGUUCUGGAGCAGCCGAUCACAUAAUGCGGAGAAUGAAGCGCAACAGCAGCUGCCGGUCAGACAGCAGCGGUUUUCUGGAGGAACCUUUCAUCCCGACUCUCUCUCAACAGCCAACACCAGGAGCUGAUCUGAUCAAGGCCUUGUCGGGUCUGUCAGGAGGAAGUACAGAAGGCCAGAGCAGUGAUGCGCCGGCCUCUAGGUCACAGAACUCGUCUGUCCCGCCUUCAGCGUCGUAUUCUGUGUCUGUUCCUGAGGAAAUAUUCCAUCCACCUGAGUCUCCAUCCGUCGUCCGCUCCCCGCUACUCGUUUUUUCAUGUCACACCAAGUCUGACUUCUCCAGGUCAGACUUGGACAGUUCUCUCAGUCCACCUCCUGCACCCUUGUCACCCGCCUCCUUCCCUCACCCGUCAUCAUUUAUAUCAGCAAAGGCUCCCAAUUCCUCUGAUGUAUUUGGUCUGAAACCUUCACACCGCAGCACUGCAGCUGUAACAGAUCAAUCUUCAUUGAGAAAAGACUUGUUGCCUCCUGCGUCGGACAUCACUUUGCAGAAGAAGCCAGAUCAUUUCUUCUGCCCCUCAUCCGGAGAGACAACUCCACACAAAGGUGACAGCCCAUCAUAUGGAUCAUCUACCUUGGAUGCUGGAGAUGGAGGAGAUAAAGAUUCCCGUGUCAUGAACUCUGAUCUCAAAAUCAUGCUCUCAGGAAGUGAAAGGAAAAGCGAUGAUGCAACGUUCGGUAGAAAGAACGCCAGUUCUGAAACUCCUAGCUUUGAUCCAAACCCCCCCUCUCAAGUCUCUCAGUCUGCUUGGUCACCAGAGCUGAUCGGCACGAUGUCACCACACACUGACGAGAAUCUUGAAGAUGAAGUUUUUCAUUCUUUAACUGGCGGCGGCGUUUCUUGGACCCGGCAGUCGGAGGUGGUGGAUGAAAGUUGUGCCUUUGAAAAAGAGCCUUGCCUCCAACAUACUAAUGCCACAGACAGCUCUGUAAAACCAGGUCCAGGAGAGGACGUUUCGACUCUCUGUCAGGAAAACUUGCAUUUUGACGGUCUAGAAGUUCCAGGCGAGCAGCCACACCUGACCGAUCCACAUGCUGAAAGGCGUUCUGAACAGACACGUGUUUCCCAACUUAAUCAUGCUGAUCCCGAUCUUGAACUAGAUGCUUCUCAUCUGCUCAUCAAGCAUACAGAAGGUGGCAGAAACCCAAACUCCGACGUGAAGAGUGUCACACACUUGGAUGAGAAGGAACGUUACUCGAUCAACAGCCAAGAGGACAAGAGUGUUGUGGUACUGGAGAGGGCAAAGGGAACCGAUGAGGGCAAGGCAUUACCCAAACAAAAGGAUCACAGCGCUCCACAGUUGAGACCUAAAAGACCAGCAGAAACGACCCACACUUCAAUCAGUCAUAUCGAAGAAGCUCACAAGAUCCAUCUGGGUGAAGAGGAUUUUUCUUCUACCAGUGACGCCUCACCAGGUGACCACUUGUCUGAAGUUGGGGCUGAAAGCGGUAUGCAGACCUUUAGAGAAGUAAACAAGUCCUAUAUCCAGAAAACAGCGAAAACCUCUAAAGGGACGACAGAGGACUCACAGCGUCACAGCAUUGCUCUUCAAGAACAUCACGCUUUUGAGCCACCUGCGUCAUUCUCGCAGAGGUGUCCUACUGUAGUUACAGGAAAACCCCUUCCUGCAACCUCCUGUGAUGAGUCUUCAGGCCCUGAGAAGGCUCACAUGGACAAUCUUGUUCAAGAUGUUUCUGCCAGGAUUGAUUCAGUAGGUGAGUCGUUCUCUAGCCAAAGGCCACAGGGCAAUGCUGGAAAACCUUCCCAGGAUUUCUACUCUACUGAUGAAAAGGAGACUCUUGGGGAACAUUUAGAAAACCCUCCCAAGAUCCUGAAAAAUCAAGGCAAGUCUGAGAGUCCACCAACCUCAGCAGCUUCUCAGGGACCUCACCAGGGUUUUAAAAGAUCUGAACCCCCAAUAUCAUCACCACAGUCAAGACUGCUAGAUCCACCUCACGUUUCCAUCUGCCAGUAUGACCACUCACCUCCUGAAGAUCUCGUGAUACAACGUGACUUUCAUUCAUCUAUCAAUCCGUCAGUUAUGGAGAACUCCUUCAGUCAGAGCCAAAAGUCAGAUGAAAGGAGUGAGAGAGACGCUGUGCUACAGGUUUUUGAUCGUUCUAGUGAUGGACUGUCCAGAACAUUUGGCAGCUGCAACACCACUGACCUUAAUGUCAGUCCAGAGGAGGCAGGCUUGGACAAACAGGGAAGUGAGUCCCCAGUAAACAAAGGUGAUGGAUCACCUCGGCAGAUUGAAGGACUUCCAAAGACAAGUUCCCAAAAUACUAAAUAUGAUCACAUGGACUAUCUGGUCCAGGUAGAGUUCCAUACCACGAUCGAUGAGUCCUUCAUGGAUGGCUCGUACCAGGGAGGCCACGAGUCACAGGUGGGCGAUGAAGAGGACGUUGAUGUAGUGAAAUGCAAUUUUACUGUGGCGAACAAGGCUGAAUAUUUGGACAAUCUAAAAGGUGUCCAUCAAGAAAAGGUGGAGAAGAUGGUCUUAGAUAAACCAAAUUCCCCAGCUUCUAAUGGAGAACCUCGUCGCGUUGGACGUCCUGAAUCAUCCGCCCCUCAAAAGACCAGUCCAGUCACCGAGCUCAGCUCAGCGGGAGUGAUCAGGAAUAUUCCUGAAAACCUCCCAAGCACGAUACAUCAAACUAUCUCUGAGCACUCUCAGGAUGACACCUCGGAUUAUCUUCGACAAGAUGCUCCCCACGUGAGGAAGGCUGACACCAGCCAGGAGACCUCAGCAGAAGCUCAAACAGAUGUGCAGGGUAGCGCUGAAGACAAAAGGAGAGAUGACGGUUCUUCUGCCAAACUGAUCUCUGAGGAGAUUUACUAUGAAACUGCGCAUUCCAUCGAUGAACCAGGUCAAGAACGUGACCAAGGAGACCGUGGUUCUUCAGUUCUGGGUCUGAUUGAGAUCGAGACGUUAGAUCAGGUGUUCGAGACGUCUGUGGAUGGAUCUGAGGCCGAAUAUGGAGACGCCGACUUCUAUUUCCAGCAGCUGGAUACUGAGAGGCGGGUGUACUGGGCAGAACCCAUCAUGGUGUCAAAUUUGUCCUCUCUCUCCGGACGGUCAGACUCAGAAGAGAAUACUGGUGGUGAUGUGGGUUUCUUCUCCACUGAUGAACCAACAUCCACCCAAGAUGCCUCUCUGGACACUUCCUCCUCUACUGAAAGUCCAUGUUCACCCCACUUUACGAGCAUCGACCCCAAACCAGGACAUCAUACCUCUGUCCAGAUGCCUUCAUCUUCAUCCUCUCACAUCGUCCACAGGAAAGACGUCCCCUUCGUGACAGAUUCCAAACACAGGCUCCCUCCUCUCCCGCUCCCUCUGGACACGUCCACUCCGUUCCGUGCCGUCCAGUCAUGGACCGACCUUAGAAUCCAGCAAACCUUUCCCAGUGGACAGCUUUACUCCACCCCCAGCAUGUAUAGAGUUCCACUGAAGAACGUCAGAGGGGAUUACCAGACUGCAUCGUACUCCGUCGACAGGUUGUGUCUGGAUGAGGAAGACAGGAGUGGCGGGGUUGGUGAGAAGUACUGGGAAGCCCAUGGUGCCGGUCGACCCGAGCAUCAGUGCAACUGCUGUGUGAGGACAGGCAUCAAAGGACACGGCGGUCCGGCCGUCGCUUCUUACUCUCUGGAUGAGCUGGAGGAGAUGAUUCUGUGUCUGCAACAGUUCCGUUCUGUGCUCACCAACAUGGAAGAGCAGCUGGCUGAAGACCAGGCUGCAGUCUACAAGGGUCUCACGGAGCAAGACAGGCAAACCAUUUCUGAAAUAGAAGCUCUCAGACAGGCGGUUAAAAAGGAAGCUCGCGAGCUGGAGGCGCAGCUGAACGAUUUGGUGCUGGACUACGAUGACACCCUGAAGCUGAAGAUGCACCGGCUGCUGCACGAACAGUCCCGGCUGUGCUCUCAGCUGAGAGUGGCACCGCCUAGAGACACGCUCACCUCUGGACACGGCAAGACUCUGGACGAUCCUGGAUCGGUCGCCCAGGAACUCACUGAAUGACUCACACAAGGACAGCUGUAGCAGAAAGACCUUCUAGUCUAGGACUUGUAACACAACCUAACAAUCUAGAGAUGCUGACUCAGUGAAAGACACUACUUUUCCCUCAUUGGACUUAACGUAAGCACUCGGGUUUCCUCUCACAGGCUGAACUGCAUGGUGGAAUGGCACCAACACUUGCUCAGUCCUGGUGACAAUGAGGGACUUUGAACUUUCUAGGCUGUUGAUUUUAGAUGCUGUUUUGGGGUUCAAUGAUUCCAAACAGGUCGGUGUUUACAGAGCACGCUCCUGACUGCAGAGGCCGAUGGGUCGCAGAGGCCUUCAGAGGACAGGGUUGGAAGGCAACAUGGUGUAUAGCAGCAGAAGACUAGUGUCUCACUUGUGUGUGUGUGGUGGGUCUGAUUUUGAAACAGUAGUCUUUGUUUUGAUUCCGGCAACACCAAGGUGUGGAUGUUGGUUCUGUGGUACACGUUUGGCUUCUUUAGCACCGUGAAAAAUACACGCAAAGAGAAGCUCGAAGAGCAUUGAGCUUCCUAGCUGGUGGCUUCCCUGAUGAGGAGUUGGAGGCUGUGGAGUCACAGUUUGGCCUGGAUUUGCCUGCAGGAGAGCUGGAGAGAGUUUUCUGGUUGAAGGUCCAGUCUGGUCCAGUUCGCCAAGGAUGCUUCCUGUGCCAUGCAAACACAGAUAAACACAAGAUGAUGCAUGGAUGGAUCGGACAAAGCCAACUGGAGGAUCGCUGUAGAACAUAGUGCCAUGGUCAUGUUUCCAAACACUUCUUCCAGCAGGACACCAAGGUCUGGAGCAUGGCGACUAUUC